GUCGUCAUCAAGCAGACUAGAAUAGUGUAGAAAAACUCUAGUCAGAGAGGAAAUGAACUAGAGAGAAGAGAAGGGGGAACAGGCCCAGAAGAGAGAAGAGAGAGGGCAGAGGCAAUGGCAGUGGGGAGCUGAAGCUGCAAUGGUCAGGAUGGAGGAGCAGGCUGUGAAGCAGGGCUUCCUGCAUCUUCAGCAGCAGCAGACCUUUGGCAAGAAGUGGCGCCGGUUUGCAGCCGUGUUAUAUGGAGAGUCUGGCUGUGCCCUAGCCAGACUAGAGCUCCAGGACGUCCCUGAGAAGACACGGCGAGGAGAGGCCACUCGGAAGGUUGUCCGCCUCAGUGACUGCUUACGGGUAGCAGAGGUAGGCAGUGAGGCCAGCAGCCCCCGGGACACCAGUGCCUUCAUCCUGGAGACCAAGGAGCGCCUGUACCUACUGGCAGCCCCCUCGGCAGAGCGCAGUGACUGGAUACAGGCCAUCUGCCUGCUGGCUUUCCCGGGACAGAGGAAAGGGUCGCCAGGACUGGAGGAAAAGAGCGGCAGUCCCUGCAUGGAGGAGAACGAGUUGUAUAGCAGCUCCAUCACAGGGCUCUGCAAGGAAUAUACAGUGACCAUACGACCCACAGAAGCCAGUGAGCGUUGCCGGCUCCGAGGGUCCUAUACUCUCCGGACCGGGGUGAGUGCCCUGGAGCUGUGGGGUGGCCCUGAGCCAGGCACACAGCUAUAUGACUGGCCCUACAGGUUUCUUCGACGCUUUGGGCGUGACAAGGCGACUUUUUCCUUUGAGGCUGGCAGACGCUGUCUCUCUGGAGAGGGCAGCUUUGAGUUCGAAACACGGCACGGCAAUGAGAUCUUCCAAGCCUUAGAAAAGGCCAUUGCUGUCCAGAAGAAUGCCACCCCUUCCGGGCCUCCAUCCCUGCCAGCCACAGGGCCCAUGAUGCCCACUGUGCUGCCUCGACCUGAAAGCCCCUAUUCCCGGCCCCACGACUCUCUGCCUUCUCCAUCCCCUGGCACACUGGUGCCUGGCAUGAGGCCAGGGGGCCCUGAGGGGGAGUAUGCCGUCCCCUUUGAUACGGUGGCUCACUCCCUGAGGAAGAGCUUCAGGGGCCUCCUGACGGGCCCCCCUCCACUCCUUCCCGACCCACUGUAUGACAGCAUUCAGGAGGAUCCUGUGGCCCCUCUACCUGACCACAUAUAUGAUGAGCCUGAGGGUGUGGCUGCCCUGUCCCUCUAUGACAGGACACAGAGGCCCUCAGGGGAGACAUGGAGGGAGCCGGCCACUGCCGAUGGGGGUCCCAGCUCCCUCCAGCAAGACUCCUCUGUGCCUGACUGGCCACAGGCAACUGAGUAUGACAAUGUCAUACUUAAAAAAGGCCCAAAGUAGGGGACGGCCAGCAGAUGGGAUAUGUGGUUCCCAGGGAGGUCUUCGGAAGCUGUGGAGGGGAAAUGGCGGCUUCUGGUAGAGUCCUUUUGGUUACUGCCCCUUCCUGGGCCCCAGGCUCGGUGUGCCUUAUUUGUGUACCGUGUGAGUCACUAGCCUGGAGCAGGAAGAGGGCCCUGGAGGGACCCACCCUCCUCCUACACUUUUCCACUUCCUCCCACUGCCUUGGGUCUAAAGGGAACUGGGGCCAUUUCUCUUAAGAGACAAAGGGUUUCCACAGAUGUCCUGGCUCCUUGGUGUGGGCAGGCCUCCUGCCUAUAGAUGUUUUGUUCCUGGGACAACCCUGGCUUCUGGUUAGCAGCGAGAGUGGCUGUUGUCCCUCUAGCUCCCAGAGUUUUCUAUACAUUAAACCAAUUUCGAACUAC